GGGCGCUGGGGCGGUGUCCCAGGAGCAGCCGACCUCUGGCAUCCCGAGGUGCCCGCCGCCCCUGGCCGAGGGCCGGUGAGGGGGUGUGUUGGCAGCCUUGUCAACCGCGGGAACAGGGCUGGGGGCACGCGAGAGGCAGAGCCGGCCGCGUCUUUGGGGUUUCCUUUUUAUCCCUCCUGCUGGGAGUCAGUCCGGCUCGACAAGCAGUCAUUACGCGCAGCUGUGGGGCAGCUGAGGGUCGGGGCGCGGUGGGUGAAGACGGAGUUGAGGGUCCCCAGCUCUGGGCGCAGUGACUUGGGAGAGAUUCUGGGAAGGCUCCCACGAAGAGGGAAUGCCCGGAGCAUUUCAGCCUGAGGCCGGGCGCGCACACACCCCCGGGCCGGUUCCCUGUCUUGGCAAAUUCGUGGUCUGAUUCUUUUGGGGAAAAAAAAAACCAGAGCCAGCUACUUUCCAUCUUCCCUACACUUGGGUUAGAAAUAGCGUUUCAGAUAAACUAGUUUUCUUGGUAGAGUUCACCUGGGCUGGAGAGAAUGACAGCUUGCAAACCUCUUUGGUCUUUGAAUAAAUCAUAUACGCAAUUUUCUUCAUCCCAUGAAGAAUGUCGUAGAAUUGAAGAUUCAGGAAGCCAGUGCACGUCAUUUAGUCAAACGCACACACACCCACCUCCUGCCGGUCCUCUAAAAGGGGAAACGGAUGGGAAGAGCUUAUGUGAAAAGUUACCCAGGGACUUCCCUGGUGGUCCAGUGGUUGAGACUCUGCGCUUCCAAUGCGGAGGACGUGGGUUCCGUCCCUGGCCGGGAAACUGAGAUCCCACAGGCCACUCUGCGCGGCCAAAUUAAAAAAAAAAAAAAAAAAUCCCCAGUCAGCGGCAGGACAGCGACCUUAAUCUUCCCCUAAACUCUUCGGGUUAUAACUGAGGGCAAAAGCGUAAGUAACCCGAAAUGAGAAAAUAAAGAAGAAAGCAAGUCCCAUGAUUGCUCUCUUCUUCACCACAGUCCCUCCCUAGCAGGGUGGGGCCCUGAACAAGGCGCAGAUAACUCAGCUACUGGAGGCCCGGACUUAUCCUAAGCAGUGAAACAGGAUGAGAGGCCCGCCCCUUGCAUAUCUGACCACGGGACUGUUUAACUGAAAACUGCAGCUCCAAGUCAGGGUGUGCUGAUUUGAAUCUUUGUCUGCUGUGAAAAGGCAAGAGAGAUGCAUUUCAUCUUCUCAGAUGAGGUAGUGCUUCUCUUUGAUUUCUGGAGUGUCCACAGUCCUGCAGGUAUAAUCAGACAGUGGCUGGAACUGGAGUCAUCUUGAAGACUUACUCUCAUGUCUACUGAUUGGUGCUGGUUGUAAGCUGGGACUCUCAGCAGGUGUUGUUAGCUGAGGUCCUUGUGGCAGGGCGGCUAGGUUCCAAGAGUGAAUGAGUGUCCCGAGAGAAAAAGACUUUUCUGUAUAUGCACACGUAAACAGGAACUUGCUAUACAUGCUUCUUCCUUAACAAGAAGUCAGCACAGAGACUUGGGCUGCCUGCUGGGGCGCAGCUGGAGCAGUGGGGCACAGAUGGCUUCUCCCCCCACCAAGCCCCUCACCAUGCCCCCGCCGAUCCGCCCCCCCCCCCCCCCCGCCGGCCCCGGCUUUGCCGGGCAGCUUCCCUUCGUGAUCUCAAAGCCACACUCCAGCGUGGCCCUUUCGGUAUUGGUCGUCUUGCUCCUGGCUGUGUUGUAUGAAGGCAUCAAGGUUGGCAAAGCCAGGCUGCUCCACCAGGCCCUGACAAGCCUGUCCAUCUCCACCAGCCAGCAGCUCAUUGAAGAGACAGACCAGAAUUCUUCAAGCUCAGACUCCCCCCAAGUCAGCAGAACCCGCCUCAGGUGGUUCUUGUGUCACUUCAGCCAGUCUCUACUUCAUGUCGCUCAGGUGGUCAUCGGCUACUUCAUGAUGCUGGCUGUUAUGUCCUACAACACCUGGAUUUUCUUCGGCGUGGUCCUGGGCUCAGGUGUGGGCUACUACCUAGCCUAUCCACUUCUCAGCAUGACUUAGCUGGUGACAGCUGUGCAGGCUCUGGGGGCUGGAGAGAGCUGGGGCCCCUCCUUCCAGACAUUGAACUUCCAGCCCCACGUCUCCUUUUUCUUCUGUUGGCUGUUCUCACGGCAUCCCCAGCUCCUGGAAACUUUCAGCUGAAGCCAGCACUUGCUCCCUGGAGUUGAGGCCACUGUAGCUCCUCAGCCAGGCUGCAGAGGGCCCAAGCAUAGUGUUUCUGUGCCUUAAGAAGGGUGCUGUGACCAGAGGGUGGACGGAGAGACCAGAACCCGGGGGGCAGAUUUCAUGAUGAUGGCAGCAUCUGGAGGACCUGUUUCCCUUUCUUGGGGGGGGAGUGACAGCAGACUAAAGGCAGAAAAGCAGGACUGUCAGCAAGGCUUUGACCUAUCCUCCAAAUAGAGUGAGCUCCUCCCAUCAGACAGCACUGCCUGCAGGAAGAUGAUACUUUAAUGGCUUUAGGUGUCAGGGAGCUCUUCAUGGCCUUAAUUCCCCCCUCUUAUCCUGAUCCUCCUUCUAUGCAAAACCAAGAACUGCACUGAAUAAUAUUCAAUUCAAAUGUUCUUUAUUUAUUACUUACUGCUCACCCAUAAUGAUCUGGUAGGGAAAUAUGACUCAUCCAUUUAAAAUACCGAGUAAGCCACAGGGGGUACUGACUGAAGAUGCAAUAAGCAGUCAAACCAAAGCAUUGCACUAGUAGAGUUAGGUGGGGCUCUUCAGAUAUGUGAACCUUUUCACUUUCAAGAAAAGGAAAGAACAGACCCAGGGAGAGAAAAUCACUGCUGUAUACUGUAAUGUCUACAUUCAAGUACCUCGUGGGCUAGAUGAAAGAUGGUCUGAAGCUUUGAGAAUUUAAAAAGAAAUAUAUUUUAAUAAAUAUAUAUUUUUAAAUAGUC